UUUGCCUGGGUGUUAAAUGAUUGGAGCUGCCAUCAGCACAGAUCUGCAUGUUCAGUAUUGACACCUGGUCCCCUCCCCGCACUGGUCUAUAAAUGCCCCGUGUCCGGCCAGUGUCCCAUGCAGGCUGCACUUGGACUGGCCUAGCACCGGAGCAGCUACCCAGCGAGACAAUCAGGAGAAGAGAGAAGAUGGGGCCAGUCGCCUACUUCAGCCUCUGCCUCCUCGGCUGCCUGAUCUUUAACCCCUCACUGGCAGGGGUACAGGCUGUGUCCUGUCCCGGGUGCUGGCUACCCUUCCAUGACAGCUGCUAUCAAUACGUCUCCCAAGGGAAAAACUGGAUGGAGGCUGAGGCUGAGUGCCAGCAGCAUUGGCCUGGGGCCCAUCUCGCCUCCAUUCACAGUGCCGAAGAAAAGAAUAUGCUGGCCCAUUACAUCAAGGGGGACGCCCCAAAGAAGAAUCACGUCUGGAUCGGACUCUCAAACUCUAAGCAGGAUCAAAGCUGGAGAUGGUCAGAUGAAUCCCCGUUCAGCUUCAGAGCUUGGGAGAAAGGGCAACCUAAUAAUUUUGUAGGAAAUGAGCACUGCACAGUGUUAUUUCAUGAUACAGAUUUUCAGAAAUGGCACGAUUUUCCCUGUGAAGCAAGAUUUUCUUUCAUUUGUAAACGCAAACCCUAGGGGAGGCAGGUCGCCUGGAUCUGGGGGGCUCCCAGAACCUGGGCUGUGAGCGAAUCGGGUCUCUCCGGCUCCCCUGGGAGACCAGAUCCUGUGUCCCCGGCUGCAAAGUCCCUUCUGCAAAGCAUCGCUGUGUUACACUGUGUCACUCUCGCUCUGCUCUGCCCCUUCUCUCCCUGUCGUACCCACGCUCUGCUCUUCUCAGCAAUCUCAGCACAGUGACGUGAUAAUAAACGUUCCCUCGAGCAUUCAGCUCAGUGCAUGUGAGAAAAUAAAUAAGGAAGUAUUGUUUACUACUUCUCAUAACACAAGAACUAG